UGCGCAGUGCGGGUGUAGCGACCCAAACGCAGUUGAGAGAGAGUGUGAGAGCUCUGAUUCAGGAAGCGUUUACAGUAUAAACUUUAUAUUUUUAUUUAAAGAGCGGUUUAGAAUCAGAGUGGGGGAGAAGCGAGAGUUUGUGUUCGACUCUAAUCCUCUGUGUGUGUGUGUGUGUGUGUAAGUUUAGCGCGUAUUAGCCGUUAGCUUUAGCUCCGUAAGCGUCAUGUACCCGGCUUCAGUUCCCUCAGAGUGAGCAGGUUAUAACCUUCAGCUCCACAUGUGGACACCUGAGGACAUGUCCUGAGGACCUGGAGCUCCAGCCUGCAGCUGUGACGUCAUGUUCAUCAACUGCUCACACACUCUGACCUUCAGCUUCAUCAACAGCUUCAUCACCUCCAGCCCUUAAUCAGGGAAAAACUCAGGGUCAAGGGUCACACUGUGAGAAACAGCACAACGGCAAGAGAGAGAGCAGAGCGGAGGGGGCCGAGCACUUCCUCUCCAUCACACCCCCCUCCUUCAUCAUCAUCAUCAUCAGCUAUGGACGUGGCUCUGGCUCACCCGGCGCUGAAGGCGUUCAUGUGCGGUUCUCUCAGUGGAACCUGCUCCACGUUACUGUUCCAGCCACUGGAUCUGGUAAAGACACGACUGCAGACUCUACAGAACAGCACACAGCCUGGUGGUGCGAGGUUGGGGAUGCUGCGUGUGUUCAUCACAGUGGUCCGGACUGAAAGACUCUUUGGCCUGUGGAAGGGCGUGUCUCCGUCGUUCGUGCGCUGUAUCCCCGGUGUAGGGAUCUAUUUCAGCACAUUCUACUCCCUGAAGCAGUAUUUUUUCGAGCAGCGAGCGCCGGGUGCGUGUGAGUCGGUGUUACUGGGAGCGGCGGCGCGCUGUGUGGCUGGAGUCACCAUGCUGCCGUUUACUGUCAUCAAAACACGCUUUGAGAGUGGGCAGUAUAACUACAGCAGUGUGCGUGGAGCGUUGAGGAGUGUGUGUGAGAAGGAGGGGCCGAGGGCUCUGUACUCGGGUCUCACGGCUACGCUGCUCAGAGACGCUCCGUUCUCCGGCAUCUACGUCAUGAUCUACAGUCAGAGCAAGAGGGCGCUACCGCACGAGUUGGGAUCGUCAGGUCUGGCUCCUGUGCUGAAUUUCAGUUGCGGUGUGUUAGCUGGGAUCUUGGCGUCUGUGGUGACGCAGCCGGCCGACGUGGUGAAAACACACAUGCAGGUCGAUCCGACGCGCUACUGCACAACACACCGCACACUGCAGCUCAUCUACACCGAGCAUGGAGUUGUAGGUUUUUUCCGAGGUGCAGUUCCGCGCUUAUUGAGGAGAACUCUGAUGGCUGCGAUGGCCUGGACUGUGUAUGAAGAGCUUAUGGCACUUAUGGGUCUCAAAUCCUGAAAACACACACACACACACACACACACACACACACUCCCUCAAAUGAAACCCUCUCUAAGUAUUUAUUUAUACACUCCUGGAGAAAUUGUUGAGUAAGUUAAGUCUGUUGAUGUUAAGCAAGAUCACUGAACAAGCUCCGCCUCUGUGUCCUACAUUAUGAAACAGGCUCCACCCACUGUUGUCACUGCAAAGACUCCGCCUCCCCAUGCAGUGUUGCACCUAUGCCUGCUGUCACUCCGUCUCUACACUUUAGUAAAAUCAACCUGUAAAGCCUAUUUAAAAAUUAUAGAAAUAAUAACCAUCAGACAAACCAAAAAAGGUACAAGAAUCACAGAUUUAACAUGCAUAAUUAACAAUAAUGCAGAUGAUUGUUUUAUAAUAAACUCGGUUGAUCUGAGUUUGAGCAGUUUUAUAUCGCUUGACUGGACUAGUGUUAAAUGCUUAAAAAUUAUAUGGAGGCUUUUUUCUCUCUUUAGAUGAUCAGAACCAAUUCACUCCAUUCUAAAAUACACCGAAGUAAAAAUACUGUAAAUAAGGCUUUUUACAUGAGCUGUGAAAUCAGAGUCUCAGGUUCAUCAGCUGAGAAACAUCAGAGAUACAGAACCCAUUCAGAACAUCAUGAAGGAGGUAUCACAUUUCCCAUAAUCCUUCACAUUCUAACGAUGCCUCUUUACUGUAGACUUUUGGGUGUGUUUAUGCUCUUUUAAAGACUGUAAACUUGGUCAAAAAACCUCUAAACAAUUUUUUUUAUUAUUAAUGAAUACUGUAAUGUGUAGGAUGUACAAGAAUAAGCUGAAAGCUUUAAUGUCGGUGUGUGUAUGUAUAUUGUGACUGAAUGUACAGGUCACACACUUGUGGUUUGUGAAUGCACUUUAAUUCAGGAGGAGCCUCUGCACCGUGUGUGUGUGUCGAUAAUCAGUUCUGUAACAUGUUGUGAUAUUUAACACACACUUAACCUGCAUUUCAUUUGGUCUGCUUCAGGUCUGUGCUGUGAGUAAAUCGUCAGACAUGCACCGUACACACUCGCACAGAUUUACACGUGUGUCUAUGUUUACUUUUGUUUCUUUGCCAGACAGACUCUAGCUUGCCUUCAGUCUCCCCGCUUGAUUGCUGUACUUUAAUAGCUUCACUUUAUCUUGCUGGUAUUUACUGCUAAUGCUGUGCCUCCUGGUUUGUUUACAUGUGAAUAAAUUUGGUCUGUUUUCAUA